AUGGCGAUUCCCAAGAGAAGAAACCAGGGAGACCACCACUCGCCAGCGGCAAAAAAGCGCAAAACGAAUACAAAGUUCAUGAGUGACGAUUUCAUGGCAGACUUUCCACCCACGGAUGAGCCUCUUGACAGCAGCAAUGGCCCACCGCUGCCCUCUACAGUCCUCGAAGAUGAUGAAAUGCAGGAUGGCAAGGAAAGAAAGCCUCCCCUACGGUCAACAUUCAACAUCAAACUCCCCGUACAACUCGAGUACCAUGACAACGUCCCCUACGAUUGGAUUAAAAAGCAAUACUCGCACUGCAUCAUACCUGAGUUAGGAGAGGAGUACAACUUUGCCUUCGAAUCUCCAACCUUCUAUUGCCUACGGGAUCUUCACAACGCUCGAGUCCGGAUCCGAGACGGAAAAUACCUUCCCGACUACCAGAUUUGUAGUCUUGCAACUCGCUGGAUUUGCUUGGAAGAGGAGGACAGACCGGCAUCUGAUGGUUACCUAGCCAAUGGCGAAAUCUUUGUUGCCACUUGUCUCCCCAUUGGCGUGAAUGAGGAUGAUUCUCUCCAGCAGUAUUUUGAGAUGUCCUACCCAACGGAACUCUCCGCGCAGCAUUACAUUCCACGCAGCAAGUACUCCGUUCACUUUGUGGGCCAGCCUAAUGAGAACGAGAACAACGAGAUCCAAGAAGUCAACGUCGGUUCGGUCCUCAUUCGUAACACCAGAACCGGUCAAAUGGUACACAUUGACACCGGGCCGUUCGCCAGCCGCAAGGAAAGAGCGAGAGAGGCAAGAGACGUACUAGGGGCCUGGUUAGAGUUUCAGAAAGAGAAGUGCCCAACAGCCGAUCUAGGACCCAUCAGCGAUUCUGAACCCUUGGUCCUUGACGUGGACAAGGAAACUUCCCCGAGCCUUCGGUCCAUCCACGCACUUGUCUCUGCGUCACUGUUCCUUCGCCGCCGCAUCACGAACUGGGGCGACGUGAAAUCUUUCAGGCUUCGAGGUGUACCUACCUCUACCACCGUGGCAAUUUACGCGCUACAGAAUAUCUCGGGCUGGCUUGGUCUGAGAUCCCCGGGGAGGCGUUCCAAAAAUGGCACCAAGGCACCCAAUAGCUUCCAGGACAACUACGACAAGGAUGCCCUGUUUGGCCGAAAGACACCUGCCCCAAUAUCCCAGCGUAUUGCCUCGGCUCAGAAAGGUAGACCGCCCGUCUACAACGAAGAGAUAAAUCUCGCCGAGAAUUCCAGCGACAACGAGGAUAGCCUCACCGAUGGCAGUACUGCCAGCAGCCGCAAUAGCAUCGACAGCGACCAGGAUACUGUUGUUGCUGGCCAAGUGACAAAUAAUAAUGAGCUAGUCAGUGAGAACGAGGAGAACAAUAACGAGGUUGCCAACGACAAGGAAUCCGCAACCAAGAAAUCAGUCAGCUGGAAGGAAUCUAUUGAAGAGGAACUCAAGCAUGGAGAGUCUGAGGAGCUCAACCAGAAAGAUUCCGACGGCGACGACCCCAAUCACGGGGAUGUCGAUGGUGAGAAACCCAGCAGCGACAGUGAGACCAACGGCAAUGACGAUAACGACCAGAGCUCUCCCGCUUCAACUUGA